AUAUUUGGUAUGUCAAUGCGUAAUUUAGGCGUCAGGGAAGCUGAGGUUGUCAUCCGGAGGCCCGCCUCUGCGGGGCAUCUGUCUGUCCUCGCGAUGUUUGGCCGCUGCGGGGGCGGAACCUGUCUGGUUUCACGAUACUGUAUUUGGCCUCUCGGGGUGGCGGACAUCUAUCUGCUCUCGCGAUGUUUGGCCGCUGCGGGGCAUUUCUUCUCGCGAUGUCCAGCUUUGCGGGGCAGUCGUGAGAUGGCGGCGGUGCCGGUAGUUGAGGCAGUGACUGGAACAGGUGAAAAUGGAGAAUUGUGUGCCGAGGAGCAGCGUAACGGACCGGAGGCACAGGACACCCAGGGAAGUGACGGGUCGUACUCGCACGCCAGGCAGACGCUGGAGAGCCUGCUGAAUAAGAGCAUGCGGAUCCGGAUGACCGAUGGCAGGACGCUGAUUGGCCUCUUCCUGUGCACCGACCGUGACUGCAACGUCAUCUUGGGCUCUGCUCAGGAGUACCUGAAGCCGACUGGUGCAGUGGAUUCCCUGGUGCAGGGUGAGCCUCGUGUCCUGGGCCUGGCCAUGAUCCCCGGACACCAUGUGGUCUCCAUUGAAGUGGAAGCGGAGAGCGUGUCGAGCCUGCCGUACACGUGAGCAUGGCGUUGUUGCCAAGGAAAGCCAGCGGGCUGAAGCCACCGAGAGACCCCGAUGUUAACUGACUGCCAGAGUGUUGCCAGAAUUUCCUGUUUUAAUUUCCAUCUUCUGGAGUUUCCUUCUCAAACUGAUUGGGAAACUUUCAAUGUCACUCCCUGCAGUGCAAAGCAAUGAACCAUCUUGACAGUACCACCUUAGCGUUGGGGACAAGUUUUUCUACAGAAUGCAAGAGUCUGAAAUGUAUUUUGUCAUAAUUGUCAUUUUUAUUGAAAUAAUGUGCAUUCAGAAGAAAUAUUUAAAUAGUUUAUUUUUGACCAUGUAAAAAGUGUACAAUAAAAUCAUAAUGAAUGGAAGAGAUGUAAUAUAAAUUGGUGGCUGAGGGA